AUGGGGGCCAUAUCGGUAUCCCAGCAGGAAGCUAGCAAUGAGGUCCAGCCGCAGAACAUCUCAGUGCUAGAAACGUUCCCCUUCUUGGCUCAAUUGGAAUGGUAUAGUUUCUGGGCCACGAUGGAGUGGUCCCAGGAGUGUGCGUGCUCCAUCCUCAAUAAUAGGCAUGUCCUCACAGCUGCUGGAUGCGUAUCCGGAUGGUCCUACGAAGCUCGUUUCCGCCGUAUCAGAGCUGGAUCCAGUGUCCGCAACACCGGUGGCGUCAUAUUCUACGUCCAGGACAGGAUAAACCAUCCAGAUUGGGCAGCUAACAACUAUGACGGUGAUGUGGCCGUCGUCAGAACCAUGGGCAUCAUAGUUUACACCCCACUCAUCCAGCAGGCCUCGAUCGCGUCGCCGGGAUCCUGGAUCCCUAGCGGCUUGCGACUCUCGCAACCUGGUUGGGGACGAGUUGGGCAACAAGCUUUAUCCAAUCAAGAGGUCCUCACUGCAGAACAAAGGGCUUGCGGCAGGCGAGACGGCAACUUCUCCGCCCCUUUCAACGCCACAGUCAACGUACUGUGCGCCAUACCCCCCACCGUCAUCGCAUCCAACAACGACAUCGGAAGCCCCUGGACCCUCGGCCGUGUGACAGUAGGGAUCGUUGGCGUAGUGAACACCGUUGGCACUUACAACGGCCUGAUCGCAGCUGACCUCGGGAAGUACACCGAAUGGGUCCUUAGCUCUGUAAAUUAA